GUCGACCAUCUGACGCGCUGCCACGGUGCGCUCGCGAUGAGCAAGGAUCCCUACUUCGACGUCAAGGCCGAAGUUCAGAGGACAUUGCAAGAUGCCCAGUCACUCAAGGAAUCCUACAUCAGGAUCCGUAAAUUGGCAAGACAAGACACGUCGGAGGAGCUUCAGUGGGCCAAAGACGAGCUCAAGGCAAUCACGGCAACGCUCGCAUCAGAUCUAGAAGAGCUUGUCGAGAGUAUACAGGCCGUAGAGACUGUCGGCGCCCGCACGUUUGGCAUUGACGAUGGCGAACUCGAUCAACGUCGUGCAUUCGUCGAGACCGUCAAGCGAGAAGUGCGAGAGCUACGGACGACUCUAUCGGACCAAUCCAAGCAUGCGAAGCUACAAGUACCCGGCCAAACAUACAGAGAUGAGGUCGAUGAUCUCGAAUCCGGUCGCGCUUCUGCCGAGUACGAGCAUCAGCAGCAAGCUAUGCUCAUGCACGAGCAAGACCGAACGAUGGAUUCCAUUGGUGGCGUCGUGGGUACGCUCAAAGAGCAGGCGAGUAUAAUGGGACAAGAGAUUUUUUCCCAAGUCGGCCUACUCGGCGAGCUUGAUUCGCAUGUCGAUCGGACAGAGUCUCGUCUCCAGCGAGCAACAAAACGGAUGAAUGACUUUAUACGUCAAGAGCAGAACUCGCGAUCGAGCAUUUGCAUUCUCAUCCUCAUCAUCGUGCUCGUCAUCCUGCUGGUCGCCAUCAUCGCAGUAUGAGCUCACGGGCCCAGAAGCGACGCUAACGAGACGAUAAUCGAGUGCGCUUUGCGUCGCGCUCAUCAUCCCGCCUAGAUCGCGACCGAGGCUCACUGGGUGACGACGAUGCCGGCUUGAUAUCCUCUGCAAUCUCGCCC